AUGUCAUUCCCUGUGGAUAUGUUGAAGACCUGCAGUCAUCAGGACUUGGAGAGCUCAGCAGAGGUCUACAUGUCUGGCCUUCGGUAUAAGAAUCCAGACUGUCCUGAAUUCUUGUCUCUGCCAGACCACCGCAAAAUUCCUAUUAGUUUAUCAACUGUGGGCUUCGUUCCUCUUUAUGGUCAAGAGCAGACACACAAAGUUCUCGCUUUGUUUGCACCAGGGGACUCGCUCACAGCUGUAGCCCUGUAUCUUGCUGACCAGUGGUGGUCAAUUGAUGACAUUGUGAGAACAUCUGUCACGGCUAGACAGGGGCUUCAUCAGGUGAAGUCUGUUGGAGAGAGGAUUGUUCUGUAUGUUCUGAAUCGAAUUAUCUAUCGGAAGCAAGAAAUGGAAAGAAAUGAGAUCCCUUUUCUCUGUCAUGGUAGCAAUGACUAUGCUAAGAUCAUGUGGAAAAAAGGAGAGGCUAUUGGGUUCUAUUCUGUUAAACCUACAGGAAGUGUUUGUAACUCUUACCAUGGUCAGAGUUAUCAGCUGCCAGUGCUAGACACAAUGUUUGUAAGAAAGAAACAUCGUGGGAGAGACUUGGGGCUAAUCAUGUUGGAAGACUUUGUGCAUUCCUUUUCUGCAGACUCUCUUGGCCUACGAUACCCGCUGUCGUCCUUCAUGUACACAGCUUGUAAGCAAUAUCUUGAGAAGUACCCUGAGGAUCAUAACCUUUUGUGGGAAGUGGAGGGAGCAGGAUGUUGGUUCCAGAGAACUUCUAUUAUUUCUAAAUGGCAAAAGGAAAAGCUCAAAAUUGCCUCACAGAAAGAAAAUAAGAGUACCCAGGCAGAGGAUCGUUUUCAGCAGUCUGCAGCAGUAUCUGAAGCAAGUGCACAGAAGACCAAGCUAGAAACACAGCUAAGUGCUGACUCUCAAAAAGGUAAAGAAUCAAUGGAUGUCCAUCCAAGCACAUCUGAAGGUCUUAACACAGGUCCUGUUGCCCUUCGAGUACUAAGCAGUCAUCUAAAACGUCCCAAGACAGGAAGACGUAGCCGGGAACCUGAACCUGAAACUUCCCAAGGAGUUGAGGAAAACACUCUUCAUGGGUCAGAAAGCAGGCUGGAACUUCCUGCCCACACACCUGAAAGCUCUGAAGACUUGGAAUUAUCUGAGGAGGACACUGAGGAUGAGGAAGUGAUUACUGAAGUUGAGGGCCAAUCUAUAUCAGAAGAGCUACAUGUAUCGCCACCUGAGAAAACAAGUGAGAAGGAGGAAUCUCCAUCAGAACCUCUUAAUGGUGAGGUAACAGAAGAAACUGGUAAGACCUCACGUAUGGCUGAAGAGGAACCAGCAAAUGAAGUUUCAAGUGGUGAAUCAAAAUUGCAGUCUGGAAGUCAAGGAGAAGAACCCUUAACGCUGUUUGUUCCGUUAAUCCUUGAGUCUCUGGCAAAACCUUCAGAACACACUGUAUCAGAGAAGGUUUUAAAUGCAAAUGAUUCAGAAGUGCUGACUGAAGAAAGUACAUCAGUGGAGGAGGGCACUGAAGAAGAGCAGGAAUCUGAAAAGACCAUCACUGAAAAUGCAGCUGCUUCGGUAUCGAAGGAUGAGCCCUCUGACAAUGGCCUGACCAACUCUAUGGUAACUGAAGCAGCAGAACAAUCUGUUUCUGAAAACGUAUUGCCCAAAACAGCUUCCUCAUUGGAAGGUCAAAAUGAGGAAGCAGGGCACAACUCACAGGAGGCCUCUGUUGCUUUGGGUCAGAGCUCUUUGAUAGUGGUUGAACUUGAGGGUGUUUCUUUUCAGCAGCCUUCUGGACAAGAAGGACAGAAGAACCAGUUGGAAGAGCACUCAGAAGAGUCUGCUGAGCAGAUGGAGCAGUACAUGCAAACAGCAGCGGAACGAGCUGACAGCAGCUCUGAGGAAGCAGAAAUUGAGGUACCCAUUGUAGAUCGGAGAAACUUGCGAAGAAAGGCCAAAGGCUACAAAGGUCCACCCAAGAAAAAAGGAAAGCCAGCUUAA